CCCUGACACCUCCAUUACCACCAUUUCUUACUUUAUCUGCAUCAUAAUCUAAAGUUGCAAUUAUAAUCCAACAUUUGCAGAAGAAGGAGAACUAGGAGGGAAAAAAAAAAUGAAAAAAAUUCAGUAUGGAUGGAUGGAUGGAAAUUAGCCAACAGCAGUGCCCUUUUGUACCAAACAGAAUCUAUCAUCACCCCAAAGCACAAACACUUAAUAGUAUUAAUUGAAAGGUGCAACAAUUUUAUACAGACUACAUAGAGAUCCCUGGAUUGCUAAAUAAAGGAAGGAAAGAGAAGAGAAUCUGACACAAAACGUAAACACCACCUGGACCAGAGGCACGAUGCAUAUCUCAAAAAAAAAAAUUUCACUUUAAUUUCACUACUCAUCCCACAAAAGAUAAAGAACUCAUCCUUCCUUUCUUUGAUUCUUUCUUCAAUUUCAGUCACAUGGCUGAUAAAUCUUGUGCAAGAAAUGCAGCCAAAAUCUACUUUACUAAAUCAAGCAAUAAUCCACUUUGAGGCUGUUUUGAAGCUAAUUAAUAAAACUGCUAUCCCAUCACCAAAAUGCUACGAUGAUGGAGUACAUUACAAUUACAUAGAACGAAAGAGAUAGGGGGGAAAGAAAAAUUGCAAAAAACUAAUAAUGAUGAUGAGUGGACUGGACCAGUGUGUGACUGUGCGCAGGUGGUGACUGAGUAUGAGGAUGACUUUGUCGGUUGUUUUGUGGUACUGUCAUCUGUGAUCCCUAAUACCACCAAAGUUGAUUUUCUUCUCUCUCUCAACCUUUGGAUUGCAGUACUGACCCAGCAUUCCAUUCAUCCGCUUCCUUUCCUUUGGAUGGAUGAUGGGAUUUUAUGGGUCUGGGUUGCUGUUGGGAGACACAAACAACCCUUCCCUUGCUUUUCUUCCGCAACAACAUUUCAAUCCCUUCUUCUUCUAACUUUGGUUCAAGGUUUUAAACCUCUCUUUCUCGCCCCCAAUUGCUUUCUCUAAACCCUGUUUAAUUUCUCUCCACUGUUCAUCUAUCAGAAUUAAGUAUAGCUAAGAGGGUCCCAAAUUAAUCAAGGAAAUUUUUUAAGUCCCAAGAUUCCUUCAAUUUUUUCUGUCUUGUGGGUUGUCUUGUAGUUAAUGAUUUUUUUGUAAACAUUAGACCUUCUAGACCAUUUCUUUCUCUCUUUCUACCCAAAAAUUAAUAUAUUCCCACUAAAUCUCUGCUUACGUACUGAGAACGAGGUUGAAAAAUUAGUGAGAGAUGGGUCCCCAAGCUUAGCACCCAAAUUACACGUCCAAAUCAAAACCAGACCCCUCCAAAAGUCUGAGAUUACUGGUUGAUUAUCUCUUUAAUUACUUUUCUGUACUUCAUUCCUUCUUGGAGAUUAGAUUAGAUAGAUAAUUAGGCUUUUGAAGAGAGCUUGCUAAUAAUAGGAUUCCAGACAAGAAGACAACACAGUUUUGAGGAAGGAGGACUACAGCAAUGAAGCCAAUAAUCUAGCAGGAGGAAUCAAAGGAGAUUCAACUUGCAGAGGUUGGGGAGCUAAGCUAGCUAAGAAGAUCCGCUUCUUCAAAUUUUUUUGUUUAUGGAUCAAAGAGGGCAAGAGAAAGAUGUUGUUUUGCCAUCAUACUCCAUGGCUUACAUCAAUCCAACUUCUUACAACAAUGAAUCUGCUUCAGCUCCAGUAGCUUCCAAACUUGCAGACAGAAGAUUAACAAAUGAGUCCCGCCGGUCUUCCCCCGCAAUUCCUAGCUCCGGUCAAACCCUAGAUCAGAAUCCGCCGCCGCCGCCGCCGCCGCAAAUUCAUAUCAAUAAUAAUAAUAACGACUCGAACCCAGAUCCAGAUCCAGCUCAAGAACUUCCCAAUGCAACCGUCCCAAGGGAGACGACGGCGCAACCACAAGUAGUCCAGCCACCAGCUCCGGCGAUUCGGUACCGAGAAUGUCAGAAGAAUCAUGCAGCAAGCAUGGGGGGACACGUCACCGACGGAUGCGGUGAGUUCAUGCCAGGUGGGGAAGAAGGAACCCCAGAAGCCUUCAAGUGUGCGGCCUGCGAUUGCCACCGGAAUUUCCACCGGAAAGAAACCGACGCCGAUACCCAACCCGGAACGAGUAGCUACCACGCGCUCAACCACGGGCACCACAACAACAAUUCAAUAUUCCGCGGCCACGCUCCGACGUCGUCUCUUAUUACCAUGACUCAUCAUCAUCAGAACCACCGGCAGCAUAAGUUAUCAAGAGGGCCUCCGGCUCCCAUAAUGAUGACGUUUGGAGGUAACGGCGGCGGAGGUGCGGCGGAGUCGUCGAGUGAAGAUCUCGACGUGUUUCAGUACAGCGGCGGAGGAGGAGGGCAAGGGAUGAUGAUGCAUCCGUCGUCGUAUUCGGCGUCUAAGAAGAGGUUUCGGACGAAAUUCACCCAGCAACAAAAAGACAGAAUGAAUGAAUUUGCGGAGAAGUUGGGUUGGAGGAUUCAAAAGCAAGACGAUCGGGAAGUCCAGCAAUUUUGCAACGAAGUUGGAGUCAAGCGCCAGGUAUUCAAAGUUUGGAUGCACAACAACAAACAAGCUAUGAAGAAGAAAAGCACGUAAGAAGGGCUAACCCCAUUUCAUUAGUUUAUUUUCUUUUAGAUUCUCAGAUUAAUUGUUUUUAGCGCCAAUUAAGUAGAGUUACUUAUGAGAUUUGUGACAAGAACCCAAUUGUUUGGUUGAUAAUACACAAUUCGUCAUCGGCUUGUAGUCAUCAAUUUUAUUGGAUGUGAGAAAUUAAGCAUGUCGAUUUGGUUUCACAAAAUUGCAUCAAGAUGAUAACAAUGGCUUCAUUUGUCUCCAAUUAAUUCGCCAUAUGCCUAGUUAGACCCUAUGCUUUAGACCCUAUGCUUUGUUCUUCUCCUAGCAUUUAAGAACAGAAGUUCCCAUGGAAAAAAUUAGUACUGGUUACAGACACCAUUCAAUGUCACAGGUUAGUCUCUCUUUCUUUUCUUUUUUUUUUUUUUUUUGGAUUGA